AUGGCAAUAUCAUGGACGUCUCUAAAGAGCAUAAAGAUGAAGGAGAUAUGUUGUGAACACGUUGUGAAGUUACUGGCAGGCUGUCCAAAUUUGGAAGUUAUGGAACUUAAAAGCGUGAAGGCUUUUGGUAGGCUGGAAAUUAAUUCGUUAAAAUUAAAGAAACUGUAUUUGGAAGAUCUUUGUAUGGAUGAUGCGGGAACCGAUUUCUCCUUGGAAAUAUUUGGGCGGAAUCUUCAGCAUUUUGAAAUUUCAGGAGUUCUUGAAGACGGCAAGUUUUGGCUACUAGAUGUGUCUUCCUUGAUUAACGCUUAUCUUAAUUUCAGCAAUAGUUGCUUCUGUGAAAAUGAUUGUGAGGAUGAACAUCAAGGCUUUAUGACCCUUGUCGUACAUAAUUUUCAAAAGUUGAGUUGCGUAACUGAGCUUACACUCGGAUCUUGGUUCACCGAGGGGUCUAUCGAAAACAGGCUCUCUACUGCAUAUGUGGUAGUGGUAUGGACUGCGUACACUUCAUCCUCGCGGACCCCAUUUUGUGGGAAUACACCGGGUAGAGUAAAAGAUUUCGAAUCUUUUAUUGAUUAUGUAUUAGCUCAUUCCGUUGCUUCCAAAAUCGAAAAGCUUAGACUCUCUGGUGAAUUUCGUUACGGCGAGUCUAAUAUCAAUGGAUGGCUUAGUUUUGCGGUUGAAAGAAAUGUUGAACAUGUUGUAUUGCGGUCAUACGAUGAGCGGAUACUAUUCGGUGAGCCUUUUUGCACUUUUUCUUUGAAAACUUUGGAUAUUACUUAUGCUGAAUUUCCUUAUCGAAAGACAACAUCAUGGACGAAUCUAAAAAGCAUAAAGAUGGAUGAAAUAUCGUUAGAUAAUGAGGCCAUUGCGAGUUUACUAGCAGGCUGUCCUGAAUUGGAAACAAUGGAACUUUCCGGACUGCAUUGUUUUAGUCGCUUGGAAAUUAAUUCGUUAAAGUUAAAGAGAGUGUAUUUGAAAGACCUUUGUUUGGAUAAAGAUCUAGCUGAAUCGGAAUUCUUCGUGGAAAUUUUUGCUCCUUAUCUUAAGCAUUUUCGGAUAUCAGGAAAUCUUGAAGAUUUCGAGUUAAGGCUUUUAGAUGUGUCUUCUUUGGUCGAUGCUAGUCUUACAUUCAGACAUAGGUGUGCUAAUUGGACCUGUUGUGAUUCUGGUGAUGAUGAGGAAGAGAGUCGUUGGAAUUAUCACCAAAUAUUUAUUAUUACGCUCGUUCAAGAGAAUUUUCAAAAGUUGAGUUGCGUAACUGAGCUGAACUCGGAGCUUGGUUUACUAAGGUUUGUAUUUAACUCUCUCUAAUUGAUUUUUGAGAUGAAGGGGGAGUCGUGGAGUAACUGGUAUAGUUGCUGCCAUGUGACCACGAGGUCACUGGUUCAAGCCUUGGAAAUAGCCUCUUGCAGAAAUGCAAGGUAAGGCUGCGUACAAUACACCCUUGUGGUGGGGCCCUUCCCUGGACACCGCGCAUAGCGAUAGCUUUAGUGCGCCGCACUGCCCCUUCAGAAACAAUCUCUCUAAUUCACAUCUGAGGCAGGGGCGGAUCUAGGGCCUCAGAGGGGGUUCCGGAACCCAGUAACUUUCGUACGGAUCUAGUAUUUAUAUAAAGAAAUCUGGUAAAUAUAUAAAAAUUAUAAGUUAGGAACCCAUAAACAAAUUGUAUUGUUGGUCUAGUGGAGCACAGGAACUAGUAAAAGUUUUACCACAACCUCUUGGUUGUGGGUUCAAAUCCCUUUAGCUACUAUUUAGUUUUAUUUUUGUCUAACAUGGGAACCCACAAACUUUAUAUCCUGGAUCCGCCUAUGAUCUGAGGUAGUGGUAUGGACUGCUUACACUUACCCUCCCAUUUGUGGGAAUAUUGGGUAUGUUGUUGCUGUAUAUUUUAUAAGUCAUCAAUCUUAGCUUCUAAUAUUUUGCCAACUCUUACCCCUUAAUAUAUUCAACUUUAAUUUAUCGGAGCAUCACAUCAGGGUAUACCGAUUUUAGUUGAUGAACCAACAAAGUUUGCUUAGCUGCUAUAAUUUCAUGUUGC